AUGUCAUCAUAUGCAUUCUUUGUGCAAACUUCCUGGGAGGAGCAUAAGAAGCAGCACCCAAAUGCUUCAGUCAACUUCUUAGAGCUUUCUAAGAAGUACUCAGAGAGGUGGAAGACCAUGUCUGCUAAAGAGAAAGGGGGGAAAUUUGAAGACAUGGCAAAGGCAGACAAGGCCCAUUUUGAAAGAGAAAUGAAAACUUAUAUCCCUCCUAAAGGGGAAACAAAAACAAAAUUCAAGGAUCCCAAUGCACCCAAGAGGCCUCCAUCGGCUUUCUUCUUGUUCUGUUCUGAGUAUCACCCAAAAAUCAAAGGAGAAAAUCCUGACCUAUCUAUUGGUGAUGUUGCAAAGAAACUGGGAGAGAGGUAG